AUGAAAGGUGGAGGGGGAUUCUAUGAUAAAACUUAGUUCGUGACAUGGGUGUUAAAUAUAUAUCUAUUUAGAUUGAAUCUUAUAAGCUAUACCAAUAUGAAUAGAUUUAAACAAGCAUUUUACAAAGAUUUACAUUGUUUGUUCCCUCAAAGCAUUGUCCAACUUUCUACCUAAUUUAUGUAAUUUAAAUAUCAUCCUUUAGCUUACAAACAAAAAUAUCAAUUUCUUCAUUACUAUUCACAUUUGUCGCAAUCAUAGAACCUAAAUGCAUACAGUUCCUGCUAAUUUCCUUUCAGAAUCACGUGAAAUUUAUUAUUUAAUUAAUUAAUUCUUAGACGAUUUCUUUUCUUUUAUUCAUUAAUUUCUAUCAUAUCCUAAAAUCCUUCCUUUCAUAUAUUCUUUCAAAAUCUAACAGGCUUUUGAGUUAUUGUAUUUCACUCCUUUAGAAAUAAGCUAUUCUAAUAAUAAAUUAAAUUUCAGAAGAUUACAAAAUUUCGCUAAAAUACUGCAGCUCCUUCUUGAAAUCAUUUAAUGA